AUGUCUCGUAAGUGUCAAGCAGGUUUCAUUGUUUUUCCUGAUGGAAUGGGAAAUUUGAGAGUCACUAAAAAAGGAAUACGACUUGAAGGAAUAUCUGAAUUUCUACUUCCACUAUACGUGAAAGAAAUCCAUUCCCGAAAGGAUAGUCCACUGGUCUUACAGUCUGACAGAAAUGUAACAGUGAAUGCAAGAAAUCACAUGGGACAGUUAACUGGACAACUGACAGUAGGAGCUGAUGCUGUGGAGGCCCAGUGUAAGAAAUUUGAAGUGAGGGCAAGCGAAGGUGGAAAAGUAUUGUUUUCUGCAGAUGAAGAUGAGAUUGUCAUUGGAGCUGACAGACUGAAAGUAACAG